AUGUUUAGAUCUACUUUCCUCAGAAGUCUUAGAACUCCAUUGGUUAGACAAACCAUUGCACCACAAGCAAUUUCUAUAACAAAACCAUCAUUUGUUCGUUUCUACGCCGGAUUCCCAGCUUUAACUAAAGAUCUUGCCAAAGAGAGAAUCGUUGAAUUAUUAGAGGGAUACGAUAAGGUUGACAGCUCUAAGGAAAUCACCGAAGAGAGCUCUUUUGUCCAAGAUUUGGGUUUGGACUCAUUGGAUGUCGUUGAAGUCGUCAUGGAAGUGGAACACGAAUUUAACAUCCAAAUCCCAGAUCAUGAAGCCGACUCUUUAAAGACCGUUGGUCAAACUAUUGACUACAUCCUUUCACAACCUGAUGCUUGUUAG